CGAGCUUUCUGAGAGGAGGUGGACCAGGAGGAGAACCGAUACUUCUACAUCAACUGCAUGAAGGAGAUAAUUGAGGUGCAGUUGCAGAGAGCUGCUGAUGAGAUGAAGGCAUAUGUCUCCUCCGAUCCUCAGGAGAGAAGGAAGACUCUCAGGGACCAGUACAUGAAGCACAUAACGGAACAGGAGUCCUUGGGCAAGAAACUGCGUGAGCAGCAGAAGGUGGUGCGUGAGAGCCACGGCCCCAACAUGAAGCAGGUGAAGAUGUGGAAGGACCUGGAGCAGCUGCUGGAGUGCAAACGCCACUGCUUCCUGCGCGCGCAGAGCCAGGCCUCCAUCGGACAGGUCAUCCAGGAGGGAGGAGAGGACCGCCUGGUGCUCUGAGCACACACACACACACACCCCACGCCAGCCCAGCACUGUGCCCCC